AGUAUUGUAAUGAACAAGCUUCGUAUAUUCUUUUAAUAUUUUGCUAUGAGUUUUAAACAAAUUAAAGCAGAACGUCCUUAUAACAUAAAGGAAAAGUCUCGUUGUAAGCAAUUCUGUGUAUCAAUACGAGUACUUAUCCAACGUGAUUGGUCAGAAAGUAAGACUUUAAUGAAAAUUGUGUCAAUUUAAAUUUUGAAUAUGAAAGUAGUAAUAUUAGUAUGCAGAUAGAUACAUGAAUUCGCUUGUAUAUAGAAAAAUUCUAAUAUGAAAUUUUUUAAAAAAUAAUUUCACUUUGAAUUGUUACCUUUGGCCUAGUCAAAACUCUAAUAUGAAAUUUUUUAAAAAAUAAUUUCACUUUGAAUUCUUACCUUUGGCCUAGUCGUCCGCGCUAGGAUUGGUUCAAAGACUUUUUGCCGAGCAGCACAAUGAAAGAACAGACAUUUCCUUAAAUAAAUUUAUCGCCCUCAUUAUAUAUUUAUUUAUUGGUUGUUAGUCUUGUUAUUUAUGAAUUAAAAAAUAACGUCUUUUGAAUCUAUAUGUAUGUAUACCUACACUACAAUGUGUGUGUGUGUGUGUGUGUGAGAGAGAGAGAGAGAGAGAGAGAGAGAGAGAGAGAGAGAGAGAGAGAGAGAGAUUAUGGCAGCAGAGCAUAUUGAAGCAUACCCAAUGAAAGGUGGAGAUGGUGUUCAUAGCUAUGCCAACAACUCCUCCUACCAGAGAGGAGUCAUUGAUACUGCGAAAAAGCUAAUCACUGAUGGAAUUGCAGACCAACUUGAUCUCAAGAACAUAGUUCUAUCAAACACGUUUCGGAUUGCAGACUUAGGUUGCUCUGUUGGGCCUAAUACGUUUUUUGCAGUACAAAACAUAAUUGAGGCAGUGCAGUUUAAGUGUCAAUGUGAAGGAUUCGAUCCUCAACUGCUUGAAUUUCAAGUUUUCUUCAAUGAUCACACCUCCAAUGAUUUCAAUACACUCUUCACAUCUGCCCCACCAGACAGGCAAUAUUAUGCUGCGGGUGUGGCAGGUUCUUUUUACCGUCGCUUGUUUCCCAAUGACUCUCUGCACUUUGUUCAUUCCUCUUAUGCCAUCCAUUGGCUUUCAAGAGUCCCGAAAUCGAUAGUUGACAAAAGCUCCCCAGCUUGGAAUAAAGGGAGAAUCCACUUCUCUAAUACAGAAGAUGAAGUUGUGAAGGCCUAUGAAGAUCAAUAUGCUGAAGAUAUGAAGUGUUUUCUGCAUGCAAGGGCUCAAGAGGUUGUGGGUGGAGGGUUGAUUGCCCUUACCGUUUAUGGCCGCCCUAAUGAUGCCCUACAUUCUCAAACUCAUCAGAAUAUCCUACAUGAUCUCCUGAGGUCUUGCCUCAUGGACAUGGCAAGAAAGGGGAUAAUUGGUGAGGAAAAAGUGGACUCCUUCAACGUACCAACUUAUUGCAUGUCUCCUCAAGAGCUGGUAGUAGCUGUGAAUCGAAAUGGGGAAUUUAGUGUCGAGAGAAUUGAAAAGUUGGCUCGUGUAACAGAAACUAGCAACCUCCCUAAAAGCCAAAAAUUGGCAUCUCUCAUUCGAGCUGCAUAUGAUGGACUGAUCAAGGCGCAUUUUGGGGAUGUGAUCUUAGACGAGCUCUUUGAGUUAUUUAGAAAGAAAGCUGAAGAAGAGUUCUCCCUCUUCAAGUUAGGGAGAUCCAUUAAUUUCUUUGCUCUUUUGAAACGCAAAGCAAAACGCUAGAACUUUUCUCGUUUGUUUGGUUGGGGGAGGGGGCUAAUGGGCAUUCAAUAAGCUUUAGUAUUUUAGUUAAUUCAUGUUCGAGCUUCUUAAUGUUGUAUUAAAAUGACUCCGGUAUGAACAUUGAAAGCCAAUAGCCAUUAGUGGUGUAAUGUAUGCCAAGUACGUUGAUUGCAAACUAAGGAGGCAAAUGAAAUCAAUGUUGCUAAGAGUAGGAGUACCUAUCUCUACUGAGUAGUGC